AUGAAUAACUUUUCAUUAAAAAAGUCAUUAAUUAUUUGCUUAAUUUCAGUAGUUUUGAUUUUAAUUAUCCAAAGUCAAUUAAACUCUGAUAAUAAUAAUAAUAAUAUUAAUAUCACCACUAAAUGUGAUGUUCACUUAGAUAAGAAUAAAAAGGAUAUAACAAAAUGUUUUGAUCCAAAUAAUAAAAAUGAUGAAAAUAAUAUUUAUAAUAAUUAUGAUAAUAAUGAUAAUAAUAAUGAUAAUAAUAAUGAUAAUGAUAAUAAUAAUAAUAAUAAUAAUAAUAAUAAUAAUAAUAAUAAUAAUAAUAAUAAUAAUAAUAAUAAUAAUAAUAAUAAUAAUAAUAAUAAUAAUAAUAAUAAUAAUAAUAAUAAUAAUAAUAAUAAUAAUAAUAAUAAUAAUAAUAAUAAUAAUAAUAAUAAUAAUAAUAAAAAUAAUGACGAUGAAGAAAUUGAAAAAGAUCAAAAGUAUAGUAAUUAUAAAGAGGAAAUUAUAAAUAAUAGUAAUAAUGAAGAACAUAGUUUUAAUUUAAAUAAUGAAAAUCAAAUUAACGAAGAUGAGGAACAUGCUUUUAAUUUAAAUAAUAGUGAUCAAUUAAAUGAAAAUAGUCAAGAUGAAGAGCAUGCAUUUAAUGUAAAUAAUAAUAAUUCUCAAUCUGAUGAAACUCAAGAUGAAGAACAUGCAUUUAAUUUAAAAAAUAAUGAUGAUGUUGAUGAUUUAAAUCAAGAAAAUAAUAAUAAUAGUAAUUAUAAAGAUAAACCAAUAACAUCAUCAUCAGAAGAAGAAGAAGAAGAAGAUGAAAGAAAUACAACUGGAAAUUUAAAUAAUGAUGAUAAUAAUAAUAAUAAUAGUAAUAAUGAAACUGAAGGCGAAACAGUUACAAAGAAUAAUGGUUUAUAUUUAUAUAUAAGUAAAGAAGAAGCUGAAAGAAGAAAAGAAGCAAGAUUAAAGAGAAUUGAAGAGAAUGAAAGAUUAACAAAAGAGGAGGUUAGAAUCUUAACAAAUUAUGUUUUAAAAGAAGCUAGAGCUGAAAUGAAAUCAAUAAUAAAGUAUAAUACAAAACCAAAAUUAUCAACAUUAAAUCCAACUGGUGUAGAACCAUUAAAACCAUUGGAAAACGAUGAAGAAUAUGUUAAUGUAACAUCACAUAAAUCAAAUAUUGAUAAAAACCCAUUCCUUUUACCAAGACCACAUAUUUUCAUUCAUAUGCCAAAAACUGGUGGUACAACAUUAUUGAAAACUUUUGUAAAAAAUAAUCGUGGUUAUAAAUUCUAUCAUGCAGUUCAACAUCCACCAUUCGCAGAAUUAAGACGUUUAGUUGUAAAAGAAGCAUUAUUUGGUCAUUUUAGAUUUGGACUCCAUAAAUAUUUUGAAGAUAGAUUAAAUAAACCAACAAAUAAAGCUGGUUAUGUAAUUGAUAGAGAAACUCUAAAUGAAAAAGAAGAAAUUGAAUUCUUGAGAGAAAAUCAAAAAAGAGAAAUGGAAAAAUUAGAAAAAGAAUUAAGUUUUAAAAAAAAAAUUCAACAAGAAAAUGGAAAUAUUGAAUUUGAUUUCACAACCGCUACUACCAAUUAUAAUGAUGAUGAUGAUAAUAAUGAUUUUAGUUAUGAUGAAAAUUCAAAUGAUAAAAAAAGUGAAAUUAAAAAUGGAUUAAUAUUAAAUGAAUAUAGUUAUUUAACAAUGAUGAGAGACCCAAUUGAAAGAGUAAUUUCACAUUAUUAUUUUUUAGUUGAAAGUGAAACUCAUCCAUUACAUAAAACCACAAUCAAUGUAUCAUUCUCUGAAUGGGCAGGAAGUUCACCAGUCACUAACAAUGAAAUUUGUAGAAGAAUAGUUGGUAUUGAAAGAUCUUUACCUGAACCACCAGACUUCUUUCAACAAUGUAUUCAUAGAGUGAAAUAUACUUUUAAAUAUAUUGGUAUAAUGGAAAGAUUUGAUGAAUCUUUAAUUUUACUUAGUCAUAGAUUAGGUUUUGGUAAAUUAUUAUUCUUGAAUGAAAACGUUGGUAAAAUUAAAUCUGAUAAUAAAAUCACUAAAGAAACUUUAACCGAGAGUGAAUUACGUUUAAUUGAACGUUUAAACUAUGCCGAUAUUUAUGUUUAUAAACUUGCUUUAGAUCUAUUUGAAAAACAAUUAGAUUUAGUUGGUAGAGAAUACAUUCAAUGUGAAGCUAAAGCUCUUAGAAAUCAUUAUAUCUCUGAAUUUGGUUCUGUUGAAACUCAUUAUAUCAAUUAUAGAAAAAAUAAAACUGAUCCUGAAGAAAAUCAAACUCAAAAUCCAAUUAUCUAUAUUUCAAAUUCUUUGAAAUAA